AUGUUCAUGUUCUCGCUGAGCCUGCUUUGCCUAAGCGUUGUGGCUACCAGCGCAGCUCAACAUCCGUUCGUCCUGAAGAACCGGCUUCCUCUCGCUUCAGAGAGAUACGAUGCAGGAUUAUUCUCUCCCGUGGGGGAUUUGGGUGUCCUCUCCACCUCUCGUUGGACGACAUUAAACCAUCCAGCGUUCCCAAACUACGAUGUGCGUAUCAAAAAGUCUGACUUCUGCGACGGUAGCGUGGGGGCAUACACCGGUUACAUUGACAUCGAGGCUCGUCACCUGUUCUUCUAUUUCUUCGAGAGCAGGAACGACCCGACCAAUGACGAUGUCAUAUUCUGGACGAACGGAGGACCGGGUUGCUCGUCGUCUCUGGGCCUGUUCAUGGAGCUUGGUCCUUGCAGGGUGACGAACCCUAACGCCACUUCUUACAACCCUUACUCCUGGAACGAGAAGGCAAAUGUUUUCUUCAUAGACCAGCCUAUCGGCGUUGGCUUUUCGUACGCAGAUUACGGUGAAGCUGUCAGCACGACCGAGGAGGCAGCUAAGGACAUUGCGGCAUUUGUUGCCAUAUUUUUUGAGCACUUCAGCAAGUUCAAAGGAAAUGCUUUCCAUAUGGCAGGAGAAUCCUACGGUGGCCGCUACAUUCCCGUGUUUGCUUCUGAGGUUUAUGACCAGAACGCCAAGCUCAUUGAAGCUGGCAUAAAUCCCAUCAACCUCAAAUCGGUUAUGAUAGGCAACGGCUGCACUGAUUUUGUGACUAUGAGCCCGUCGUAUUACGACAUGCAAUGCAGACCCAUGUCGGCUGAGCCAAUAGUGGAGAUCAGUUCCUGUGUACGACAGAAACAGGCACUGCCACGCUGCGAGAAGUGGUUGAAAGAGGGAUGCAGGGACUCCUAUGAUGCUAUUAACUGCCAGGCAGCCUAUUCAUUCUGUGCAUCAGAGAUAGAGAUGCCCUUCUUCCAAACCGGCUACAACCCGUAUGACAUCAGCAAGCCCUGCGACGGCGAGCUCGCAGACACACUCUGUUACCCCGUGACAAAGGCUAUUGGGUCCUACCUCGACAGGCCAGACGUCCGUGCGUUGCUGGGCGUCGACCCCUCCAUCGUCGGGAACUUCAGCAGCUGCAGCGAGGUCGUGGGCCAUGCCUUCAACGACGCGCUGGACGCCAUGUUCCCUACGCAGCUCUAUAUCGCAGCCCUACUCGAGCGCGGCAUACGCACGCUCAUCUACGUCGGUGCGAAUGACUGGAUAUGCAACUGGGUUGGGAACGAGCGCAUGACGCUCGCACUAGAGUGGACGGGACAGAAGGACUUUACGUCUAAGCCUCUCACAGAGUGGUCCGUCAAUGGCAAGGUAGCUGGGCUGACAAGGUCUUCGGGCCCGUUGACCUUCGUAACGAUCUACGGAGCCGGACACAUGGUCCCUUACGACAAGCCUGUGGAAUCCUUGGCAAUGGUCAACCGCUGGCUGGAUGUUUAA